UCUUCAUCACUUUUAUUAUCUCUCUUUGUCUUGCUCCUCAAACACUUCUCUCUCAACAUCUUUCCUCCAUCCCUUAGCCUUCCCCCAGCAGCCUCCACUCCAUCCAUCCUCCUCCCCUUUUUCUCAGUGCCUCUCUCUCCUCCCCUUUCCUCCUCCUCCUGCCGUGCUCUGGACUCACUUCCCAUUCCCCCCCAGCAUGCACACUCCUCCCCUCACCUCUUCUACCUUCACAUUCACCUCUCCAUGCCUCCCUCUCUCCGCUCUUUUCAUCACCUUCCUCUCCAUCACCUACUAACACACAUCAUUUCUCGUCUCUCCCCGUUGUGUCGUCUCUCCCUCCUCCAUCUUUCGCACUCAGCCUUGCUUGCCUUGAGUGCGCACACAUGCUCAGGUUGAUUGGCAUACAAGGACAGACCACCCUCUCGCUCCAACCGGCUAUGGUUUGAUCGUGUGGCCAGACUUCUUGACACUGAGCUCAGCUGAGGAAGAGGAUAAGUAAGGAACCAUGGAGCCCAGUCACGUCUUCCCAGUUUUCCCUCCUAAUGGGAGCAGCUGGAGCCCGGGGCAGGAUCCCUCCGAGGUCGUCCAGGGAUGCCCUCUUGGACCUCUGCCUGUCAUCUACUACAGUGUCCUGCUCUGUCUGGGCCUGCCAGCCAACAUUAUGACAGUGGUUAUCCUGUCCCAGCUGGUGCUGCGUCGUCAGAAGUCCUCCUAUAACUAUCUCCUGGCCCUGGCCGCCGCCGACAUUCUUGUGCUGCUCCUCAUAGUUUUUGUUGAUUUCAUCCUGGAGGAUUUUAUUUUGGCAUCACCGCUGCCACCAUCGUUAAACAGCAUCGUACAGGUUCUGGAGUUCUCCUCCAUUCACACCUCCAUUUGGAUAACAGUGCCUCUCACCAUUGACCGCUAUGUCGCUGUUUGUCACCCACUUCGUUACCACACGGUCUCCUACCCAGCUCGAACCCGAAGGGUGAUAUUUGCUGUGUACGCUGGCUGCUUGCUCUCUGCAGCUCCUUAUUACUGGUGGCCUGACAUAUAUGGCGACAAAGGAGGUGGGGAAGAUAGCGACAGAAGAACAGUGGCCCAGCAUGUCCUAGUGUGGGCGCAUUGUGCAACCAUCUACCUCCUCCCCUGCACUGUUUUCUUCUCCCUUAAUGCUAUCAUUGUCCAGAAACUCCGCAAGCGUCGCAACUGCUUCAGACUGCGUGGAUACUCAACAGGGAAGACCACCGCCAUUCUCCUAGCCAUCACCUCAGUUUUUGCAGUUUUGUGGGCCCCGCGCACCCUCAUGAUCCUCUACCACUUCUACUCACCUCCACCUGCCUCACAGAGCGCUGGCCGUCUGCUCCACAUGCUCACAGAUAUGGCAAACAUGCUUGCAUUGCUCAACACUGGCGUCAACUUCUUCCUCUACUGUUUCAUUAGCAAGCGUUUCAGGGGCAUGGCAGCCAAUGUGCUGCGAGCUCUGGUCCACUGUAGGAAGCAGCCGCCACAAUUUUAUGCCAGCCACAAUUUCUCCAUCACAAGCAGCCCCUGGAUCUCCCCAGCCAACUCCCACUGCAUCAAGAUGCUGGUGUACCAGUAUGAUAAAAAUGGAAAGCCUAUCUGCAUCUCUUCUUGAGUCUACAGUCACCACCAGCAGCUCUAGCCCUCAGUCUUUGGGAGCACAUUCGAGCUUUGUCCCUGAGGUGACUAGCAUUGCUUGUAUGGGACUCGUUAGGGCUUGGAAAAUGUCAACACGCCCAGAGAGCACAAGUGACAGUUUAUCCAGCUGUCAGCGAUUAUAAAGUGGUGGGCUUACAGGAAGCAACAGUAAGAUGCAUGGCAGAAAAUGACAAAACCUCUCAUGUUCAAUAACAGUUUUCAUAAAGCAGCCAACCGCAUCAAAUAGAUGCUGAUUGUUCCCUCAAUGCAAAAAGAAGAGUUCUGUUGCGGGUGAUGGAUGGAGCAUACCACCAUCAUCCACCCGAGAUUAUGAGCCACUGUCUCUAUCAUAUAAACCGACAAACAACAAGCUGACCUUGGUGAAGCAUUAAGUAGUUUAGCCAUAGAUGCUCCCCGUGAUGAAGAGCUUUGAACAUCUGUGUUUGUCCGUAGGGACACAUUUGCAGAGAGCAGAGAUCCAGUCUGAUCCAGUCUGACCACUUCUCAUGCACAGCCACCGAUAAUGCGUCUUCUGCCCACAGUCGAAAUUGUCUCUAAUAAAUUAAGAACCUCUAUCAGUUCCAGUUUAAUAUGCAGAGGCGUCUCAAAGGCUCUCAUAAAACGAACUCUGUGACUUUCCUCAUGUGUGCUCAGCUCUUCUAGAGUAGCUGAGUCCAAGGUCAGAAUGGAGAACCAAACAAACUCAUCUCGUUUUACAGAUUCUGGUAGGAUCUCUGCUAAUUGUAGACAAAGUUUCUGUUCAUGGUAGACUUGACUGUUAUCGUACCUUUGCAAAAAUCCAAGACAAAAAAAAAAAGGCUGGAGUUGGUGUAGCUCUGAGGCGUCACUAGACUAGUAAUCACGUUCCCAAUAUUAGAUUGAGGAAAUUUCUGAUGUAGAAGAUUGUCCUCUAUUAACUAUUAAUGGUACUUGAUGACUUGCUGUUAGACAUUAUUAAGAUGAAUAUAAUGAAUGUUAACUAAAGAUGGCUUUAACCCUUUAGCUUUCUAUGACCAGGAAACAGGGAGAUGCUGAUAUACAAUGCGAUAAUACUAAAUAUGAUACGAUAAAGAAUAAAACUAUACAAUAUGUUUUAAACAAUAUAUGAAAUUCAUUUUGACAUCGGCAUACCUUAAUAAAAUAUCCACAAAAAAUAGCAAUCUUCCUCAAAAUUCCCCAACCAGAUAUAGCACACAUUUGUUAUUUUUAAGCAAUAUCCAAAAUGAUAAGAAAGAAAAUUAAAAUAAGUGUUUUUCUUCCCUUUGGUUUGUUUACCUUGAUCCAAAUGGUUUCGUCUUUUCUUGUUUGCAUCAUUGAAUUUGGUUUCAGGGCCACAGUAACACAUUUCAGCUCUACUCAUUCCUCUGAUGGCCGCUGGCAUUUCUGUAACAUUUUACACCAAAACACAGUCCGAUACGUCGAGCCGGUGUCACCGCUGCUCGGUGAAAAAAACAAAAAUGAAAUCACACUGGGGCAUGUCUCACCCUGCCACAGAACACGCUGAGAUCAAUGCACAUUCGUUCUGUAGACACCAUGGGGCAUUAGCAGGGUUCAUCCAUCCAGAGGGAUUUAAGCUGCACUAAAGGGCAGAUUUAUGCUAAAACCUGUCUGGAGAAAUCAGACACAUCUGGCUUUUUUUCUUUCCACUCUUUGAGACAUUAAAAAUGAGAAGUGUGUCUGUCUUACCUGACAAGGAGGUGUGCUACAAACUUUUGUCUGAUACUCAGAUGUCAGAGAUAAUCUGGUGUUUGUCUUUAACCACAACAACAAUCGCAGAUAAAUAGAAUGCAGCUAAAAUUGGUGAAUUUAUUAUCUUUACCGCUAGAAUAUAAAGAUUCUGAAACAGUCUUUCUGGAAAGCGGAAUAGAACAGCGUACCAUUAUUAUUUGAAGGUUCCCUUCAAAAUGUGAUUUCACAAUUGACUGAGAAAGUCAUUUGAAUACAAGCCGUUGUUGUUGAAAUGAAGUUCUGCGGAAGAUUCAUGAGCAAAUAAUUUAUUAGCUAGAUGGAUCUUUGUAUGACCUCAGUUGUUGUUUGAUGAUGGUAGAAAUCUGCAUUUACAGCUUUUUAGUCUGCCUGGCCAGAACUAAUCCAUCGUGUUCUUACUGGUGUUGUUCAAAAAGCUAUUUGCAACGUGUAAGAUGUGGAUUGUUCACAGCUUCUCCACAAAACGCCACGUAAAAAUAUCUUAAAUAUGUCCUAAAUAUUCCUGUUUGUCUAGAACAGAUUUAUAGACUUGAAGAGGUUGUAGAAAAUGAAAUCUAGCUGAACUAUGAAGAAAACCUCAUAUUUCUUUAUAGUUAAAAACAUGUGCUGGAGAAUGGGAAUUUAUUUAUUUAUUUAUUUAUUUAUUAUACUUUUGUAUAUUAAGAAUAAAUGCACCAAUAUUUAUACUUUUGUGCCAUCUCUGUUAUCAAGGUAAACUGGUGAAGUAUAAUAUUAAUAAUAAUAAUAAUAAUAAUAAUAAUAAUAAUUAUUAUUAUUAUUAUUAUUAUUAUUAUUAUUUAGUAUGUGAAAUUAUUGGGACCACUUUUGGCCAUGUGUGAGUUUUGGUUGUAAAAAUCUAAAUUAAUUAAAAAGGAGAAACUGAAUGUGCAUAAUAUGUGAAAACACCCACCACAACUUUGAAAAUUAAAAUAAUAAAAUCCAGUCAAGUGUGUUGUAAAAAUGCAUACAAUGUGAUUCUUUAAUGUACAGGUAGAAGCUCAGAUAUGAAACUAGAAAUAAUUUAGAAGUGUUGAAUAUCUGAACAGUCGUUCACACUAACAGCGUCUCCAUUUUUCAUUUGUGUUGAAACUAAAAGUUGAACCUCUCAGCAGCACAUUAACCAUGUUAUUGCCAAAAGUCACAAAACAGCAGUAGCUCAGGAGGUAGAGCGGGUUGUCCCGUAAUCUGAGGGGUGGAUCCCGGCUCCCAGUGGAGAAUUCUGCUGUUGUGUCCUUGGGCAAGACACUUAACCCACCUUGCCUGCUGGUGGUGGUCGGAGGGACUGAUGGCGCCUGCAGCCUCGCCUCUGUCAGUGCUCCCCAGGGCAGCUGUGGCUACAUAGUAGCUCAUCACCAUCAGUGUGUGAAUGUGUGUGUGAAUGGAUGAAUGAUACACUGUAGUGUAAAGCGCUUUGGAGUCCUCUGACUAAGAAAGGCGCCAAACAUGCAGGUCAUUUAUCAUUGUAUCAUUUAAAAUACAAAAAAAAAGUGCAAAUGUUGAAAAUGUAUUUAAUUGCAACUCAAAGAAAAUGUAAUUAUAGAUCCCACCUGUUACUAACCUAGAUGUGGGGAUUUCCUUUGCUGUGAAUACUCACUGCAGCCACCUGAUACUUCAAUCUACCACACUUUACCGGCUCCGUCGCUCUCCACUUCUGUUUCUUUGUUCCACACAAAUUGAUUCUCUCCAGAAACCCAAACUGAAUGAGGGAUUGGCGAUUGCCAUCUGUUUCUCACCCCUUUUCUCCUCCCUCUCAUCCUUCUUUGCCUGCACUUUAUGUCAAAAGCACUUGCUCAAAGUUAAUUUCUCAAGUGUCCUCUUUCCUCCUCCCCUGAUUAUCAUGGAGUCUUUCAUGCUAUGUGUGUACUAAUGACUUCACUCUGUGUUUUGUCAUCAGAAAAUUGAUGCACAUUAAUUGAAGACCAAGUGGGGAACAUUGUGGAUUUUGUGCAUUAUUUAAUGGAGAUGAAUGACCAAGGGGGUCAAUAACCAAUAAUCCCUCAGUGAGCUCUUUAACUACCCCCCUCGUCACAUCCACCGAAUGUAAUGACAUGAAAAUGUGUAUUUUGAUGCUCAUCAAUAAAGCGCAAUAAGCAGGAUUUGAUCAUUAGAAGAGUACAUUUUUUAAAAAGAAAUAUUUAUGCAAAUAAAUUUUGCUUUGCGACUGCUAAAUCUGUGUUGCCAUGACAUUUAUUAUCCAUGUUUGAACCCAGAGUUUGGUCUAUGGUAAUGUGACAUUUGUGUGGAACUGCACAUCAACACCAUGGACUGAUGCAGACAUGCUGGGAAACCACAUGCAGGCGUCCUCUCCUUACCAAUGUGAGGUUAUUGCCAAGAAAUAUUUCCCAUUAUGAAGUAAAACCCUGGGAUCUACAUUUUCUUCAGCCUGAUGUUAAAAAGAUAGCCAAGCAUAAAUCAGUCAGAGGGGAAAAUUAUAUUUUCUCAUUCUCUGCUCUGCUCUCGCUCUCUCUCUCUCUCUCUCUCUCUCUCUCUCUCUCUCUCUCUCUCUCUGCUCUAUUUUGUGUGUGUAUGUGUGUAUGAGACUAGUCUGAACGAAUGCGUGCUCACAAAGUUUGAGUAGGAGCUUUAAGAUGAUUUGUCCCAUUGAAUUAGUAAUGUAUGAAACCAACUCUGUAUUUAUAAUUAACCAUGAUUCAGCACAGUACAGUACUGAUAUAUAAUGAAUGUUCAAAUGAAGCUUUUAGCAGUUUUGUUGGCAUUUUAUCAGAUUGUGAUUUUCUACAGUUACCUUUUCAAGCAGCCUUUUAGUUCCCUGUAGUGGCGUGUUGAGACUCUUAUUUUCUUGAUUGUACGGGCUUGCAUAAUUUAUUUAUUUCUUCCUAAUGAAUGUAUCGGCUUUGUAAAGGGUAUGUAUUAAUGUUCUGUGAUAAGCUAUUGAAGUAUUUGCUCAUAUAUUUUGACAAAAGAAAUAAAUAAGUUUGUCUAACGGUUGAGAUAGA